AUGGGUGAUAAGAAUAAUACAUCUAGAUCUUCUGCUAGUAGUAGAAGAACGGACCCAGGAUGGGCACAUGUAAUUCAAGUUAGUGAAAACAAUACCAAUGAUCUUCAAUGCAUGUACUGUAUGAAAGUUUAUAAAGGAGGAAUUAAUAGAAUCAAGCAACAUCUUGCUGGAGGUUACGAAAAUGUAAUUCGGUGUCCAAAAUGUCCAGAAGAUGUAAGGAAUCAAAUGCAAGAAUUCAUUGCUAAAAAAAGAGAGCAAAAAUCAAUUAUGAAUAUGGAAAGACCACCUGAAUUUGAUGAUGUUGAAGUACUGGGAUUAGAUGAAAAUGAGGAAGAGGAAGAGUUGAUGCAAGAAAUUGGCAGUGAAAGAAGGCAAACCUUUGUUUUGGGAAAAAAUAUGAGGCAAACUACCAUUGAUGAAAAUAGUCCAGCUAAAAAGGAGUUAAGGGAGCGUGCUUGUGUUGCCAUAGCACGAUGGAUGUAUGAUGUGGGAAUAACUUUUAAUGUUGUGAAUUAUGAUAGCUUUGGGGAAAUGAUUCGAGCAAUUGGAAAUUAUGGAAAAGAAAUGAAACCUCCAAGUUUUCAUGAGGUUAGAGUUCGGUUACUUAACAAAGAAGUGCAAAUCAUAAAUGAUCUUCUCGAGUCUCAUAAAGAAGAAUGGGAAAAUUAUGGAUGUACAUUGAUGUGUGAUGGAUGGACGGAUAGAAAAGGGAGAACCUUGAUUAAUUUCUUGGCUAAUAGUCCAAAGGGAAGUGUAUUUAUUAAAUCAGUUGAUGCAAGUGAUGAAUCAAAGACAACGGCAUUGUUGGCUAGUUUGAUUGAGAAAGAAUUGAUGGAAAUUGGUCCUGAAAAAGUAGUUCAAGUUGUUACAGAUAAUGCAUCAAAUAAUGUUGCAGCAGGGAGAAUAUUGGAAGCAAAUUUUUCUCAUCUAUCUUUGGACUCCAUGUGCAGCUCAUUGUAUAGAUUUGAUGUUGGAGGAUAUCUUUAA